AUGGUCUCUUUCUCGAACCUCCUUGUGGCCGUUGCGGCUUUCGCCAGCGUCAUUGCCAGCCCUACAGGCACUGACCUCGUCAAACGUCAGUCGACGCCGAGCUCGACUGGCUAUCACAAUGGAUACUAUUACUCUUGGUGGACCGACGGUGGUUCUCAAGUCACUUACACGAACGGAGCAGGCGGCUCUUACAGUGUCAACUGGGGCGGAGGAGGCGGCAACUUUGUCGGCGGCAAGGGUUGGAACCCUGGUGGCUCUAAGACGAUCCAGUACUCAGGAAUUUACAACCCCAAUGGAAACAGCUAUCUUGCUGUGUAUGGCUGGACCCAGAACCCGUUGAUCGAAUACUACAUCAUCGAAUCUUACGGCACGUACAACCCUGCUUCCGGUGCUACGAAGAAGGGUUCUCUGACGAGUGACGGCGGAACCUACGACAUCUACGUCAGCACUCGCGUGCAGCAGCCCAGCAUUGAAGGCACAGCAACAUUCCAGCAAUACUGGUCCAUUCGCACUGAAAAGCGGGUCGGGGGCACUGUGACGACUGGCAAUCAUUUCGCAGCUUGGGCUUCAGUCGGGUUGAAUUUGGGAACUCACAAUUACAUGAUUGUUGCCACGGAAGGAUACUACAGCAGCGGUAGCGCCUCAAUCACCGUCAAUAGCCCCGCUUAA